AUGGAUCCAGCUCUAGGAUGCCUUGGGCACACCUGGUCCACACUGGUCCGACUCUACACCUCUGAUCACAGGCAAGGCUACAAGGACGCCCUCCUCCACUUCCUCCUCUGCCUCCUCUUCAGCCUCACCCUGGGUUCCUUUCUCUUCCUGGGCCUGUACUUCUCCCUGCAGUACACCGCUCGGGUCUCUGGAAUCAUCUCAGGCCUCUGCGUCCUGCUCCUGACCGCCUCGCUCUUCCUCUCCCGCCGGGCGCGCUGCUACACCCUCCUCUUCCUGGUGUCUUGCUCCUUCAAGCAGGGCAGGAACGUCCUGUUGGCCGCGGGCACGGGCCUGGUUUUCCUGUGGAACGUGGGCAACACCUUCCGGAACCUUCACCGCGUGGCUCAGAGCGUCGUGUGCAACCUCAAGCAAGAGCUCCAUUUCCUAGACCUGGACUUGUCACCCUUGAAGGUCUACGUGGACAUGAUCAGGCGUGUCAGUCAGAUGAUGGAGAAUGCCGUCGACUUUGGCCUGGUCAAAUUCCACGUCACCACCAGAAUAUCCCACAGCGUGACAUCGGAGGGCACCAAGAAGAAGCUACAAGAGGCCGCCCGGACGCUCAACGCCACCGCGGAGACAGCGGAGGCCGUCUACGACAACGCGCUCUCCGUCGCCCACAAGCUGACGCCAGGGGUUGGCGUGGUGGUGCUGGCGGUCGCCACUUUCGUCCUCUUCAAGGUUUACCGUCAGAACAAGAGGUACCUGAACUGCUACAUCACGCCGCAGUUCGUCUGCUUCGACGAGCAGCAGAGGGCGGAAGGGAAGCCGCACGUGCUGCCGCUGAGCAGGAAGGAGGCCAAGCGCUACAGGGUCAUCCCGUCCGUCCCGCCCACGCUGAGCGACUGGAAGAUCUCCGCGAAGUUCCUGGUGCCCGUGGCUGUCCAGCUGGUCAUCUGGUCCGCUCUGGUCGGCCUCGACGGCCUCCUCUACUGGGCCAUCCAGACGGUCAACCGGCACCUGGCCAAGCUGAAGCCAACUAGCGUCCCCCUGAAGGCCUUUGUCAAUAGUCGCCAAGAGACGUUCUCCUACUCCAUCGAGAUCUUCAGGAAGGAGUGUCUACCCCAGCCCACCCUUCUCCUCUCCCACUCGCUGGUGCCCCUGUCAAUCAUCCUGGUUACCCUGGCAACCAUGGGCCUGUUGGCUCCCAAGAUUCUGCACGCCAAAGUCCUCCUGAUCGAGAGGUUCUACGGUGACGCGCUCACAGAGCGGGUCCAGUACCUGCACGCCAAAAUCCUGCGUAAGAGGUCCAAGAGCAAACUCAGGGCCCUCAAAAGCACUCUCAAGAGCUUCGGGACCAACGUCAGCUUCUGGUUUCCCAUGUUUUUCUCCAUGAUAAGGAAUCGUGAUCUUCCCAACGCAAACGUCCCAUAGCUGAUAUCAAUGCCAUUUUACAGUGGCAUAUACUGUAUUGUCACUGUCCUGCAGAAGGCCUAUCUUCUAAAUAAACAACCAUUUCAACAUUACAGGUGGUUAUUAAAUAAUUUUUCAGGCACGUGUACUCAUGGGGACUGAUUAGUAGUACUGAUACAUAUAUUAUAAUGAAUAAAGAAUGAAUAUGAAAUAUUUUUUCGUUAUUUUCCGCUGGACAGCAAUGAUAUCUGGCUCAGAACUCUGAACAGUUAG